GCGCCCGGCCAAUGCUACUGAAUUUUAUUUAGGUUUUCCUACAUAACUUCCCAAGACUUAUAUAUUAAUGUUUUCAUAUGAUUUGUGUUGUUUUCUAUAUAAUCUUUUUACUUAAUAUUUUCAGUAAAAAUGGCCCCUUUUGCAUUUCUUAUCAGGCAGUUCUAUUGGUGAUAAACUUUUUCAGUAUGUGGGUAUCCUGAUAAACCUUUAUGUUAUUUUUUUAAUUCAGAAGGGCAGUUUUUCUGGAUAUAGUAUUUAUGAAGUUUUUGUUCUUUUAGUACAUUUCACAUCACUAUUCUCUUGUGGCUUUCAAGCUUCUCUUCCUAUGUGUGAUUUCCAAAACUUUGCUUAUAACCUUUCUUGUUACAGUUCCCUUUAUGUUUAGUGUAGAUGAAGUAUGUCGAGCUUCUUUAUUUUAUAAUAUGAUGUCCUUGUUCUUAUAUUUGAGAAUUUCUUAGUCAUUUCUUUUGGUUUUCUUCAGUUUAACAUUUUUAUUUCUGUGCUUUCAUGGUUUUUUGAUAUUCCUGAUUUCAUGACAUUGUGAGUUUGUUCCCAUUUCACUCAUUGAGCAUCAUUCAGACCCUUUUUAAUCUUUCCAGGGUAUUUAUACAUCUCCAUUCAGUUAUGGUUGAUUUCUGAUUCUUUUCUUGUUUUCAAUUGGGUGUGUUACUCUGAUGUUUUGUAUAUGUUGUAAGCUUUGGUUGAGAUUUGAGGAUUAGCAAAAUGCCUCCUUUCACAAACUUUAUCAAGUGGUUAUUUCUUCAGAGGAUUCAGACACCAUAGAGCUUUCCUAGAGAUUCAAGGGGCCUCUAAUCUGUUCUGAUGAUGUUUUUUGUGUAGAAUUGUGUGUUUAUAUUUCAGUUAAGGCAAUUUUCAUGCAAUUCUUUAUAAAGAGCCUGUCGUCGUUUGCUGCACGUGUUAUGCAUCUAUGGAACUGAAGUAUCUCUGCUUCUAUAACAAUCUUUUAUGUUUGGUUUCAGCACAUCUACUCUGUUUUUCAAACUAUAGCAUCAUUCCUUUCAGCACUCUGUUAUGGGAGUCAGAAAGCACUAUUUGAACCGUCCCCAAAAGCCAGAGAGAUGGACACUUUUGUCACUAUUUUCUUUCUCUUUUGAGGGAGAAUCUGGGAGUUGGGAGUUUACUUCUAUAUGCACCAUGCUGUAUUAAGAGGAAGGAAAGGCCAUGCUUUGUCUUAUUGUACCCAAGACCAUUUGCCAGAAGAAAACAAAAAUGUUUCAUUCCAAAAAAUGGUAUCGAUAACAUAUGGAAGCUGUAGCCUUGAGAAUUUAAACUUAAUGAACUGGGAAAAUGUGCGUGCAUAUAAGGAGCAGAAAGGGUGUCAUGAUGGAGUUAACCAAUGUUCAACAACUACCCUUGGAAAAAUUUGGAAAUGUAAAAAAUAUUUGAAAGUCUUUAAAACGUUGUCUAAUAUAAAUACACAUAAGGUGAGACACACUGUAGAGAAGUUUUUUAAAUUUAAUGAAUGUGGGAAAAGCUUCAAGCAGUGCCCACACAUUAAUGAACAUAAGAGAAUUCAUAAUGAAGGGAAAGCUUACAAAUGUGAUGGAUGUGGCAAAGCCUUUAAAUGGUACUUUUAUCUUACUGAGCAUAAGAGAAGUCAUACUAGGGAGGAACCCUACAAAUGUCAUAAAUAUGGCAAGGCCUUUAAGUGGUACUCAUACCUUACUAAUCAUAAAAGAAUUCAUACUGGAGAGAAACCCUACAAAUGUGAAGAAUGUGGGAAAUCCUUUAACACGUAUGCAUGCCUUUAUAUACAUAGAAGAAUUCAUACUGGAGAAAAACCCUACAAAUGUGAAGAAUGUGGCAAAGAAUUUAAGAAAUACACAAGCUUUACUAUACAUAAAAAAAUUCAUAAUGGAGGAAAACCUUACAAAUGUGAAGAAUGUGGUAAAGCCAUUAAAAGAUAUGCAUUCCUUUCUGUAUAUAAAAGAAUUCAUACUAGAGAGAAACCCUUCAAAUGUACAGAAUGUGGCAAAGCUUUUAAGUGGCAUUCAGGCUUUAUUGCACAUAUGAGAAUUCAUACUGGAGAGAAACCCUACCAAUGUGAAGAAUGUGGCAAAACUUUUAGGUGUUCCUCAGGCCUUCGUAAACAUAAGAGAAUUCAUACUGGAGAGAAACCCUACCAAUUUGAAGAAUGUGGCAAAGCGUUUAGCUUUUCCUCAGUCUUUCAUGCACAUAAGAGAAUUCACACUGUAGAAAAACUCUACAAAUGUAAAGAAUGUGGUAACACUUUUAAGUAUAGCUCAAGCCUUUAUAGACAUAAGAGAAUUCAUACUGGAGAGAAACCCUACCAAUGUGAAGAAUGUGGUAAAAGUUUUAGCUAUUCCUCAGGCCUUCAUACACAUAGGAGAAUUCAUACUGGAGAGAAACCGUACAAAUGUAAAGAAUGUGGUAACACUUUUAGGUAUAACUCAAGCCUUCAUAGACAUGAGAGAAUUCAUACUGGAGAGAAACCCUACAAAUGUCAUGAAUGUGGGAAAGCUUUUAAUUGCUCUUCACACCUUACGAAACAUAGGAGAAUUCAUAUUAAAGAGAAACCAUAAAAAUAUGAAGGUGGCAAACCUUUCUAAACACAAGAUAAUGCAUACUGAAAUGGAGCCUUACCAAUGUGAGUGAUGUGGCAAGGAAUAUAACCAGUGCUGAAACCUUUAGAAGCUUGAGAAUUCAUACCAAAGAGAAACCAUAGCAAUGUGAAGAAUGUGGCAAAGCUUUUAACCAGUGCUUUUACCCUGCUAUACGUGAGAGAAGACAUACCUAAGUGAAAACCUACAAAUAUAAGGAAAGUAGGAAAGCCUUUAGUAACUGGUCAGAUAUUAUUGGACCUCAGAGAGUGAUACUGGGGAAUAGCAGUGUAAAUGUAACAACCAUCAAAAUACCUUCUAGAAAAUAAAAGUCUUAGCCUGCACCUGGGUAUUUAUACUGAAGAAAGAAACAUUACAACUAUAAUGGGAGGUCCAAUGGUUCUCUCAAAGACCUGUUGUGCAUAGGAUAAAUUAUUCUGGAAUGAAACCCUUCAUUAAUUACUCAACCAUUUUUAAGUUUAGAGAAUUUAGAGAGAACCUCUACAAAUGUAAUAAAUGGGGGAAAAUAUUCGUUUAAAAAAAGCAGCUUUGAGAACAGAGUUUAUGGUACAAGAUAAUUUGCAGAUGCCAUAGUCUUAUGAAAUAUUUAAUAAAAGAUCAACUUUAAAUAAACAUCAUAGGAUUCACAGUAGAAAGAACUAAGGCACUAAUACUUUUAGACAUUACUCUAAAAUGGAGUGUCGAUUAUAGUGAAUAGUCCAAAGUGAAAAUGAUUAAAUGAUUUAUGUUUAAAAGAAAUGGGAUUGAUUUUAUGACAAGUUAUAAUUACAUUCAACACAUACUUUUUACAUUCAACAUUACAUAUACUUUUGAAAACUAAGUAUUGAUAUAAUUCAGCUCUCAGAGUACUUGAUGGUAUGCCUUUAUUCUUAGGAUUUCUGUAAAAGUAUGGGCAGUUCUUUCUUCAUCAAACUAUGAACGUUCCGUGUAAAUUUUUAGGUGGGCAUCAUUCUUAUACUCUUCCAAUGAGUAUUAACAACAGUGAAAUGUAAGAUGUAUGAAGAAAAUCUAACUGGAGAGGCUGUUUGUUAUUGACUUACAAGAGUAUUGUGAGUGAUGUCACAGCAUACUCUGUUUUUCAAACUGUGGCACCAUUCCUUUGAGUACUUUGUAUUAUGGGAGACAGAAAACACACUUUGGAAGGAUCUCCAAAAGCCAGAAGGAUGGGUACGGUUAACACUAUUUUCGGUUUUUACAGAGGAGCUGGGAGUUGGAAGUUUGCUUCUGUAUAGACCAUAUUGUAUUAAGGAAAGGCCAUGGUCAGUAAAUGUAAAAAAAUUUUUCCCCUAUAUGUGGCUCUUGGGAAUGUGCUGAUUUGAUAUGCUCUACUAUUUCCUGCUUGUAAGAAUUCCCACGAAGACAAUCUUGUGUCUAUAAUGUUGUUAUAUUUAUUUAUAUAAAAGAAUAAGAGCCUGUGUAUUAUAUUAUCCCAUAUUACUAAUGUGCUUGGUAUAAUUUUAUGUAUCAAAUUUGUAAUGUAUAUUUAUCUAAUCCUUAAA